CACCAGGUUACGGAAGACCGCCGGAGUGGCCGCAGUUUCGUCUGCCACAACCUCAAGCCUCCGGCUACCGCAAUCAACAUCCGUGAUUGCAGCCGCGCAACAUCACCUCCCGGGCGAAAGAAGCAAAACCGAUUCGAAAAACGAAAGCGCAAAAGCUGCGCAUAUGCAUCGCAAAUAUGUCUGCGUCUGGAAACUUGUGAUGCGGGUAGGACAAGAACCAUGAGGACGCGUUAAUUGGCAGCGCAGCAUGACAAGUUUCUGAGUACCUACGUGUUGUGUAUUCUGCAUGACAAAGCGCGUUUCUGCAUGACAGAAAAGUGGUCCUUUCGGGUAAUGUGCAUGACAGGCUUUGGAGUCAUGCUGGCCUUUGCAUGACAAACCUUUACCUUGGACUCUUCCAGACCUAGACAUGUUUGCACUUGAUAGCGCAGCACACAAUGCGGUUCUCCGCGUCUGCGUCGGACACGGACAGAAGUCCGAAGUUGGCGAAGGAGCAUAAGGCGUUCUCAAACGUUACAUCCUCGACUGUUUCUGUUACAUGAUUUGUAAUGCAAAAUUGCCUUCAAAAUCGACACUAUGAAGCUGCUUCGCAUGACAAAUUCUUAGAGGGCCAUCAAACAGGCUGACAAUCGGUGCCAAAUUUGUCAUGCAGGACGCGCAAGAUUCCCCCUAGCACUUUUGCCAUUCUUGGAUCACAAAUUCAUGUGACAGUUGGGAAUGAAUGGAACAGUUGAGAACGCCAUAGAGCAAAAACAGCACGUCGACGACAUCGUGG